CAUCUCCACAACAUUGGAUGGAUGAUUUAUCGCUCAUUCGCUGUUCGUAGAUCCCUGGCAUUCAGAAAGAUGGAGGAAAAGGCUUUGUUUAGUAUCAGGGGGUGUGUCUGGAUUGGAAGCCUGCUGGAGUCCAGAGUGGGAGACGACUCGCUGACGCUGGAGCUCUUGCGGCAGAUGCAGUGAUGAGAAGAGGAGAGUAAAAAACACGGAGCCUCCGCCAUCUGUAAAAACACGAUGGCUAAUUGAUUGAUUGGCUGAUUCCUUUACCUCCUUCUUCAAAAGAGGAUGCCGUCUCCAGUCAUGGAGAAACCACAUAACAUGGACUCUGCCUCCUACUCAACUCUUUUAAGAACAGUUAUUGCUGUACACUAAGCCUAUGAGGACUCUUACCUUCUGCCACAGCUGUGUGGUGAUCUAGCUGAGCAGGGAAUUGAAGGUGCCCCUGCAGAGGGUGAACUAUGGGCUGCGGAGGGAGCAGGACGGAUGCUUUAGAGCCUCGCUACUUGGAAAGCUGGACCAAAGAGACGGAGUCAACAUGGCUGACGAGCACAGACACAGAUAUCCCCCUGUCAUCCAUCCAGAGCAUCCCCUCUGAGAACUCUGAGGCUGGCUUUGUGUCAGAGAAAACAAUCAGCCCUGUCCCAGAUUUCUUUGAAGAUGGCCUCCCUCCUCCUGCCCAGGCCUAUCUGAAGGUUUGCUCAGCCGUGUCUGAGGCCAGUUUGAAUGAUGUGAAACCCAGCAGCCCACCGUCUGUGGUGACCUCUCCGCAGCAGGACAAGGUUCCACCCUCAUCAGGCACCACAGUGCAGCGCAGAAGUGUUUUACACACUGAGGAAAUUACCAAAUGGCAGGAUAACAGAAUGUCAACGAAGCAAGUGACCAUCACCGUGACCCAGAGCAUCCACCAGGUGGACAAGAAUGGAAAGGUUAAGAAAUCUCUAACUACUUAUGAGGUAAUGAAACCGGUGGAGACUCUGAAACAGGUGGCCACACAAAACACCUGAGUGCAAGAGGUCCGACAAAUGCCCGAAGGUGAAAUAAAUCAGCUAACCAUGCCUCGUUGGGAGAUAAUUUGAUGGAAGCACAAGACUGGAUUCCGACUUUUGCAGAUAAUCGUGUUUACAGUUUUAAGUGUUUGCUGUAAUUUGACAUCUUGAAAAGACCUGCAUGUAAAGUAUUCAUUUGGUCCAUCAAAUCAUGAGAUGUCAGUGUUUCUACUAAACAUAAAUUCAACUGAGUUGCAGAAGAGAAAGUGAAGAAUGUCACUUUUUAGAUGAUGCUGAGGGAAAAAAAUAGGUAAGACUUGUUUUACUUCAUGUUGCUGAAUUUUAAACAAUGACAGACGUGGAUCACUGCAUCGUGUUGCUCUACUCUGUAUACUGUUCUCUUUCUAUCUGAU